AUGAAUCAUAAUAUACCACCUAUACAAAUAGGAUCUUAUAUCACAAUAUAUGAUUUUUCUGAACAAAGUGGAUUGUUCGUUUCUCCCGUCUUUGCAACUUCUUCACAUAAUGCCUGGUUCUUACGCAUUGACCUUUCUCAUCCGGAAGCACAUUGCUUGACUAAUUGCUGUUGUGCUGAUACAUGUUUCUUGUCUGUAUCGGUGGUUCCAUGUUGGUCUCCUAUUUUCGAUAUAACAGAUGAUACAAGCAAAGCGAAGCGUUGUAGAAUUUCAAUUUUCUUACAGACCGAUAAUUUCGAAAGGGACCUGGUUGUAGAAUCGCAAGUGAUCGAAGCUUCCAAACUACGAAAGUUUGGUAUCUCUUUUAAAAAUGUUUGCUCACGCAAAGAAUUGAACUCAAGUUUGUGUAAAGAUACAUUAAUUACCAAAGUGAUUUUCGGACCAGAGGAUCCCGAAUGGUUACAUAAUUCAAAAAGAUUGGGAUACCUUUAUGACAAUGAUUCAACCGCGCCAGAUAUUAUAUUUUGUGUAAAAGGUAAACACAUAUACGCACAUUCAAGCAUUCUUAAAGACGCGGUUAGUUUAAAGUCCAACCAUGAAUUCCAAGAGAUUCUCAGACGUGGUACGUCUCAUUGUCAAUGCUGUGAAGAUCAAAAAGGGGAUAACGUGAUGACAAAAUCAAAAAGAUCACAUGAAAAAAGAUUCAUUUAUAUUGAUAUACCUCUAUUAGAAAUUUUAACUUUUGAAACCAUUCUUUAUUUUUUGUAUACUGGUAUAGUUUGUAUUAAUAACGUUUCAGAUAUUCUUGAUUUAUGUUUUUGGGCUAGCGAAUUUGGAUUAGAUGAAUUAAGUGAAAUAGCGAAAUCAGACCUUAAGUUUAGAUUAAAUAUUGAUAAUGUUUUUGAAGGAUUACUUGCUGUGGGACCUUGUUGGAGCGAUCUUAGGGAUGAAUUGGUGAUUUAUAUAGCGAGAAAUUUUCCAUUAGUUCAAGUUACGCCCGGAUUUAAAGGUGCUAUGAUGAAUUUGGAUAGAUAUCCUGGUGCUAGAGAAAUUUGGUCGGAAAUUACUGAUACCAUGAAAAAACUUGGUAACGCUUAUUACCUAUCUGUACCUCUCAUAUAA